UUGAUGAAGAGAUUAGAAAUAGCAUAUUAAUAGCGUCCAUAUGUUUUGGCUGCUUUCAUCUUUUAUUUGUAAUUCGUCGAUUUAUAUGGAAUCCUUAUAGAUGGUUACAAAAUUUUUGGAAUUUUAUUGAAUUAGGCGCUUAUAUAUUACCUACGUGGACAUCAAUUCUUUGGUACCAAAAAGGAGAAAUUAAUACUCCAUUAGUAUCAAUUUCAU